CCCCCCCCCGCUCCAGAACCACCAUCAUCAUCAGCAGCAGAGAGCAGCAGUAUCAUCAGCAUCAUCAGCAGCAGCAGCGGUCGUGUAGUGUCUUGAAGGAGAGACGAAGACUCGUGCCGUCAUGUUUCGCUUAAUGUUCACGCAGGCCAAGAAACACCCAGCCCUGAUCCCGCUGUUCGGCUUCCUUGGCCUGGGCAUGGCGAUGGCUGGCACGUACACCAUGCGGCUGGCCCUGUUCAACCCCGACGUCAGCUGGGACCGCAAGAACAACCCCGAGCCCUGGAAUAAACUGGGACCCACCGACCAGUACAAGUUUAUGGCUGUCAACAUCGACUACAGCAAGCUGAAGAAGGAUCGCCCAGACUUCUAAAGCAAUAUGUGAUACAGGCUCAGCACUUGGGGCAUAUAAUUGGAAUUUAGAUGAUUUGCGCUUUAUUUAAGUAUCUGGCUGUCAUUCUCUCACACUCUUUGACUGCCACCUGACCGCAACACCACAUCUUUUGUGGUAUAUUUUAUUAUUUUAUUUCAAAUUAUUUCAAGGGUGUGGGGGUUGGGGAUGUAAGUCGAUUUAAUCUUUCAAAGUUCGGUACAGAAUUCAUCUUGCACCUGGUGCACCUUUCUCUCUUGAUUUCAUUCAUCACCACCGCUCUUUCUUCUCCCUUAAUCUUGCUCCAUAUUGCUCUAAUCAAUUCCCAAUUUGAGCACCGUAUCCUUAUUCUUAAACUUGUUCCAAAUUGUUGGAAGGAAGCAAAAUCCGCACAAAUCCCUUCCUUAUGUUGAAAAAGCCCAGUGUUGUUUUACAAAUGUUUCUGAAACGUUUGGAGGAAGCAGACCCGCACAGUUGUAUUGCUUUGAACGUUGCCAUCGAAGGGCACCAGAUUUUGUUUGUUUUUUUUCCCUUUCCCCGCUGUAGAUUUUAAAGGCUGUGGAGUACACUUGAGUUAUUGCUACGGCCCAGUGCUCAGCUUGAUUUGUGAGCUGUAAUGUUUGCCCCAUGGCCUCUUGAAACCAUGUUUGGGCUCCUAAAGCAUUUCAGCUGUAUGCUAACCUUGAUGCCCUAAUAAACGCCUGUUUAACUGGAA